AUGUCCCACAAGCUUUCGCGCGACGAGUUCCGCCAGCGGCAGGAGCUCGACGCCGCGCGGAAGGCCGGUACCAUUGAGGCCGAGCGCGAUGUCGACACCGGCCUUGGCAUCAACCCGCACAUCCCCCAGUACGUCUCCCAGGCCCCCUGGUACAUUGACACCGGUGAGGCAACGCUGCGCCAUCAGCGCCAGGCGCGCCAGGAGCCGGAGGACGUCAACAAAUUCGUCCGUCGCGGCCUGACCAAGCCGCCGCCGAAGAAGUACCGUCCCGGGGCCUGCGAGAAUUGCGGGUCCAUGACACACAAGCGCAAGGACUGCGUCGAGCGCCCGCGCAAGAAGCUGGCCAAGUUUUCUGGCAAAGACCUGAAGGGUGAUGAGUUUAUCGAGAAUCCCGAAGACACCCGCUCGUAUGCGGCCAAGCGUGACCGCUGGGUUGGCCACGAUGAGAGCUCUUACAUCUCCGUCAUUCGUGGUGCGCCAUCAUGCCUGUCGAGGGCCGAGAGAAAGAGAAUGGUGGAGGCGACCGUGUACCAUUUGCGCGACCAUUGA